CAUGACACUCGCUGUGGGAGGAUGUCUUUGCGUUCCAAGUGAAACAGAGCGGAAAGCGAACUUGACGUCAAGUUUUGUGUCGUCAGGUGCCAAUACUGUCAUCUUGACGCCCUCAGUUGCGGCUAUAUUGGCCCCAGAAGAGAUGAAAGGGAUACAGGUCCUUAUUCUCGUAGGCGAAACAGCACGCUCCAAAGACGUGAAGCGCUGGGAUGGCCAUGGCACUGUAUUGAUUGCCUACGGAAGCAGCGAAUGUACCUCCGCUGUGACUAUAAAUUAUCCGACGUCCAGCGAGCAUAGGAUGAAUACCAUCGGCAAGGGGUUUGGUUCCGCAACAUGGGUUGUUGAUCCCGAGGACCACAAUCGAUUGCUUCCACCAGGAUGUCCAGGCGAGCUGCUGAUCGAGAGCCCGAUGGUGAGCGCUGGUUAUCUCCACGAUCCAAUCACAACAGCCAAUGCUUUUAUUGACGCGCCUGAGUGGUUGCUCCGAGGAACUUCAACUACGGCCGGGCGGCAAGCUAGACUUUUUAAAACAGGGGACCUUGUUCGACAGGAGGAAGAUGGCAGACUAUACUACAUCGACCGAAAAGGUACACAGGUGAAAAUACGAGGCCAGCGAGUGGAGCUGAGUGAGGUUGAGUACUGGGUGCAAAAUUACGUUCGUGGGGCAAUUGGUACAACUGCCGAGAUUAUCGAGCCUAAAGGCGCAGGGUCGAAACCGCAUUUGGUAGCGUUCAUUCAAAUGGAAGAUCAGUUCUCGCCAGAAAGAGCAGAAGAGCGCAGACCUCGUUUAUUAUCCAUCUCUAAAGAUGUGCAAGACCAACUGGCCGAACACCUACCCAACUACAUGAUGCCGAGCAUCUAUUUUUCCGUCUCCGAGUUUCCCAAAACAUCGAGCGGUAAGAUCAACCGCAGAGAACUGCGUCAGAUCGGUGCCUCGUACACCGUAGAGGAACUAGUCGAGUUACAACGUACUGAGAGAGGUAAAAACCUGCAAAACGACCUGGUGAAGGUCGAAGAUGAGUCUGAUUGGGUAGACGGACAUGUGACGAUACGAGGUCACCGUGUGGAAGUGGUAGAGGUCGAAAAGAUUCUCUCCAGCCAUAAAUCUGUUCGGGAUGCGGUUGUGGUCAAAGACAGAAAUGGAGAUGGAGAAACACAACUUGCUGGCUACAUCACUCUUCACAAGGAAACCGGCAUCGUGGAGGACUCAAACAUCGAUAAAGGGCAGUUGCAAUACGUGAAUACAUGGGAAGACUACUUUGACCUUGAGACAUAUGGGGAUUUGGAUAAUGUUGGACAAAACGAUACUGGAAGAGAUUUCGUGGGAUGGGAAUCUAUGUAUGAUGACAGCGAGAUCGACAAAGGGGAAAUGAACGAAUGGCUCGACGACACACUCGACACACUUCAUAACGGCUUACCCCCUAGGCGUGUUCUGGAGAUUGGCUCAGGAUCAGGCAUGAUUCUCUUCAAUUUAAACGAAGGAUUGAUGAGCUACGUUGGGUGCGACCCUUCACAAUCUGCCGUUGAAUUUGUCUCCAAGAGAGCACGUUCAAUCCCUGCCUUGGCCAACAAAGUGCGCGUGUAUAAAGGUACUGCAAUGGAUAUUGAUCGUUUCGACCAACUCGGAUCCCCAACCUUGGCAGUUAUCAACUCGGUAGCCCAGUACUUCCCCAGCUUGGAGUACACCCUUCAGGUUUUGCAGAAGCUCCUUGCUAUUGGGAGCAUGGAAACCAUUUUCUUCGGUGAUGUGCGGUCUUUUGCGCUCCAUAGGGAAUUUUUGGCGACAAAGGCAAUGAUAUUAGCUGGUAAUCAAGCAGAACUGGAAACUAUUCGAGAGGCAGUAGAUGAGAUGGAGUCAGUGGAACCAGAGUUUCUACUCGAUCCAGGUUUCUUCUCUGCCCUUCCAGGUCGAUUUCCAGAUCUCAUACAGCAUGUUGAAAUCUUACCAAAGAAAAUGAAAGCAACCAACGAACUUAGCUGCUAUCGCUACAGCGCCGUCAUUCAUACCAAGUCCCCGGAUAGGAAAGACCUCGAAAUCUUCACCGUCCAGCCGGAACGAUGGUUGGAUUUUGAGAAAGAAGGUUUGGAUCAAGAUUCUUUGGUUCAGAGACUGGAAGAAUCCAUAGGAAUGGCGCCCGUAGCUGUUGGAAACAUUCCCCACAACAAAACACUCUUCAGUACAAAUCUUGUCGCCGCACUUUACAGUGAGAACGGUCACCAGUCAGACUGGAUUUCCCGUGUUCGCCAGAGAACUGACGCUACUGUCGCGCUGUCAGCAGUAGAUUUGUCAGAAAUCGCUGAAAAAGUAGGCUGUCGCGUCGAACUCAGCUUCAACAGGCAAUUCUCCCAAAAAGGUGGGAUUGAUGCCAUCUUCCACACAAAACAGCCCCCAAACGCCUCUGGUAGAUGUAUGUUCCGUUUUCCCACUGAUCAUGACAAUCGACCGUGGGAUAGUUUCAGCAGUGAACCUUUGAAGAAGGCGACUAUGCGCAAGGUCAGAAAACAAGUUGAGAAUGUGCUACGCAACCAACUCCCCGAGUACAUGAUUCUACAUUCCAUCGAAAUCCUUGAUAAAUUCCCGAUCAAUGAAGACGGAAACGUCGACCGCAAGGUCCUGGCCCAAAGACAUCAAUCGCAAAGGACCCCCCGUAAGUCAGCUUGGAAGCCGUCCACGAAAUUGGAAGAAAACAUGCUUCAGUUGUGGUCUGAAGUUCUCGAGAUGCCAUCUCAGAAGAUACGCCCAGACGACAGCUUCUUCAAGCUUGGCGGAGAUUCCAUUACAGCCAUGAAUUUGGUCGCUGCAGCUCGAAAGAAAGGGAUUAGCAUCGCAGUUGCCGACGUGUUCCAGAAUCCUUUGCUUGCGGACUUGGCUUGUGGACUUGAGGAUUCAGAUGCAGUAAUUGAAGAUAUUCCGCCGUUUUCUCUUAUACCUCAUGGUGCGGACGCUACGCGGGUUCGCGCUGAGAUUGCCGAAACAUGCAACAUAACCACGAGUGCUGUGGAAGAUAUCUACCCAUGCUCGCCACUCCAAGAAGGCCUUAUGGGAUUGACCUAUCAGUGGGAAGGAUCUUACGUGUUACGAGGUAUUCUUGAAAUCAAAGAAGGAAUACAGAAAGAGCGGUUGAUGACUGCUUGGGAAGAAGUAUUCGAAUUGACUGCAGCUCUCAGAACACGAAUUGUGUAUAGCAAAGAGUCGGGAUUGUUGCAAGUCGUCCUGUCGGAAAAGAUACAUUGGCGAGAACAUGAAGACCUGGGUGAAUACUUGAAGGAAGAUAGCUCGAAUCCCAUGGACCUUGGAAGUCCCCUCGUGCGAUACGCGAUAGUCACAAACACGAAAGAGGGCAAGAGCUGGUUUGUAUGGACUAUUCAUCAUGCAAUACACGAUGGAUGGUCAUUGCCUCGCAUCCUGGCUGCUGUGGUAGCUGCAUACACUGGACAGCCACUACAGCAACAACCAAAUCCUAAUCGUUUCGCUCAAUAUCUCAGCAUUCUUGACCAAGACGCAGCUGCAGCAUACUGGCAGAACGCGUUGGAGGACUGUGAAGCUGUCUCAUUCCCUUCACUGCCACCUGGCAGCCAGGAUGACGGCACAGAAUUGGAACUCGAGAAGCGUUAUAUCGCCUUCCCCGGAUCCUCCCCCUACGCAACCACGUCGAAUUUGAUCCGCGCCGCCUGGUCUAUACUCGCGAGUCGCUACACAAAUUCCGACGACGUUGUGUUCGGCGUUCUUGUCACAGGGCGCAAUGCGCCCGUCGCUGAUAUCGACAGCAUGCUCAGUCCGGCAAUUGCCACGGUACCAUGGAGAGUCCUUGUCGAUUCCGAUCGGAAAGUCGUUGAUUUUCUGGAAGACAUGCAGCAGCAAGCCACAGAUAUGAUCCCGUUCGAGCAGACUGGGCUUCAGAAUAUCGCAAAACUCGGUCCCGCGGCGCGUAUUGCAUGCGCGUUUCAGACCCUGCUGGUGGUCCACUCAAAAGAUAUCGAGGCGAUUGACAAUGGGCCGCUGGGAGAAUUCGAGUUCCCAACUUCAUUGAGGAGUAUCAAUAGUUAUAACCUGGCUUUGGACUUCACCAAAGAUGCAGAAGGAAUAGAAAUAGCGGCUGCCUAUGAUUCCAAAGCCAUUGAGGGAUGGUUGGUCCAGAAGAUCGUUGGACAGCUUGUAUCCGUAUUGCAUCAGCUGGUUCAGGCUGGGCCUACAACAACACUCUCGGAUAUCGGAACUCUUACUACGGAGGAGAGUGAUGAAAUCUGGGGAUGGAAUGCACAUGUGCCAGCAACAGCGGUCCAUUGUAUUCAUGAAGUAUUUUCAGAGCGGGUACUGGCAUCUCCCAACUCUGCCGCGAUAUGUGCAUGGGAUGGUGAACUGACAUACGGCGCUUUGGCGAGCCUAUCGACAAAACUGGCUCGCAUAUUGAUCCGUGCUGGUGUAAAGCCAGGAAUGCUUGUGCCAUUGCUAUUCGAGAAGUCCAUGUGGACUCAGGUUGCAAUGAUUGGAUUACUCGAGGCGGGUGGCGCUUUUGUACUGCUCGAUCCAUCGUUGCCGGAGACCCGUCUCCGCAAUAUCGUACAACAAGUCAACCCGCCGCUGAUUUUGAGUUCAGGCUCUAAUCAACAUCUUGCAGGUUCCUUGUGCGGGAAAGUUGUUGCCGUCGAUUCAAAAUUGCAUGAUGCCCCCGACACUGCUACAUCUCUCCCAACUGUGUCACCAUCCAGCCUGGCAUACGUUACAUUUACUUCAGGCAGUACCGGAAACCCCAAGGGUGUCAUGAUCAGCCACCAAAAUUUCGCUUCGGCCGUGCAUCAUCAAGCCGUGGAACUAGGCUUCGACUCGCGCUCGAGGGUGUACGACUUCGCAUCGUAUGCUUUUGACCCGAGCAUCGCAAACAUUUUUGUUACUCUUACGACGGGUGGAUGCCUUUGCGUUCCCAGCGACGAAGAUCGAAAGGACCAGCUAGCCUCCAGCAUCUCGUCGCUGGGAGCGAAUUACAUUGAACUGACGCCAUCCGUAGGCAAGGUGCUCAACCCCUCGCAAGUACCAGGACUAAAAACACUCAACUUUGGCGGAGAACAAUUGCGUAGUCAAGACUGUGCGUCGUGGGUGAAUAAAGUAAAGAUUUUCAACACAUACGGACCGAGCGAGUGUACCCCAACUAGCACAAUCUACGAAGUGACCUCGCCGGUCGAAGACACUCCCCAAAUUGGAAAAGCAGUUGGGCUGGUAUCUUGGAUCGUUGAUCCGGAGAAUCAUAACAACCUCUUACCCCCUGGAUAUAUCGGUGAGCUAUUGCUCGAAGGCCCUCUUGUAGGGAGAGGAUAUUUGCAGGACCCUAGUACCACCUCAAAAGUGUUUGUUGAGGAUCCUGCAUGGCUAAUCGAAGGAACUGAAAGUAAUCCAGGGCGUCGAGGCCGUCUAUAUAAGACAGGAGAUCUAGCCAAAUACAGCGAAGGGGGUAGUUUGAUCUUCGUGGGUCGGAAAGACAGGCAGGUUAAGAUACGCGGCCAGCGCGUCGAAUUCGGCGAUAUCGAACAUCACAUAUCUCAAUGUAUCCAAGACGCUCGAGAUGUAGUGGCCGAAGUCAUUGCGCCUCGCGGUAAGCAAUCAGGGACCGAACUUUGCGCUUUUGUGGUGCAGAAUAGGGACAAGGAAGCGAAUCCAAGCGCGCAAGAGUCUGAAGCUGCAAAAUUAAUGCAGAUUCCCCCUGACACUCUUGAGCGUAUUGCUAAACGACUUCCCACUUACAUGGUACCCACGUUGUUCAUUGAACUCCAGAAGAUUCCCAUGACGGUAUCUGCGAAAGUGGAUCGCCGGCGAUUACAAGAAAUCGUUUCGUCCUUCUAUACCCAGCCCGCGGACAACAAGCAAGCAAGAAAACCAGCAAAGAACCGAGUCUCGCAUACGGAGACCGAGAAGAAGCUACAAUCAUUAUGGGCCCAGGUACUAGACAUCGAGGCGGACACCAUCGGGAUGGACGACAGCUUUUUUAGACUUGGCGGUGACUCCAUCACGGCGAUGCAGGUAUCCUCAAGCGCUCGGUCCCUUCAACUCAUCGUUUCCACUCGCGAUAUCCUCAAGGAGAAAACCAUUGCGAAGAUUGCUAAGCUUACCAAAAUUUCCGGUUCGUCGAGCUCGGUGACUGUUCAUCAGACGAGAACCAACGAGGCUUUUUCGCUGGGACCGAUGCAGCAGUUGUACCUCCAGCUGGAGCAGACUGGGCGAUGCAGCUUCGACCAGUCGUUUCUUUUUGAUCUGGGCGCUAGUGGUGUCGAGUUUCAAUCGCUCAAGCCGGCUCUAGAAGCCCUGGUUCAGCGUCAUCCCAUGCUUAGGGCCCGCUUCCGGAGAGGCGCAAAUGGCAAAUGGCACCAAUACAUAUCGAAUCACGUAGAGUCAUCGAUAUCCAUAACGAUGAUUGAAGAGCACGAUGAGCUCCAGAUGGCUCAGUCGAUACGAAACAGCCGUGGGUGUUUGAACAUUACCGAUGGUCCGCUACUAGGAGCUGUGCUGUUCCGCCAGGGCGGGCGGAGUUCGUUAUUCAUGGCGAUCCAUCACCUAGUCGUCGAUCUGAUUUCGUGGCGGGUGCUCCUAGAAGAACUAGAAGGUCUUCUUCUUGGACGACAACUCCCCGCGCCACCUCCAAUUGACUUUUCGACUUGGAUCCAUCUGCAAAAAGAGCACACGUUGAAAACCCCGCAAUCCAAGAUCCAAGUCCGCGAUGAAGCAAUCCCCGCGCAACUCGAGUACUGGGGGGUCCCGCCUGGCCCGAAAUCAACAGUGAUUGAGAAUCUGGAGAUCGAUCAAGUCACCACGUCUGCGCUUUUCAAACAGUGCAACGAGGCUUUUCAAACUUAUCCACAGGAACUCAUGAUUGCCGCGUUGCUCUACUCUUUCGGCAUCGUGUUUCAUGAGCGAAGCCUUCCAGUUCUUUUCAAUGAAACGCAUGGUCGAGAGACAUGGGACGGUAAUAUGGACCUAUCUCGAACAGUCGGUUGGUUUACAAGCAUGCAUCCGGUGCAACUGAGCAGUGUGGGUCCCAAUUCCAACAUCCUCGAUUUCAUCCGUGAAACCAAGGAUCUCCUCCGAACGGUCGAGCACGAUACCCAAUCCUAUUUCUCAUCGCGUCUUUUAGACGAGAAUUCCGCCGAGCAAUUCGGAUCCUUGUUCCCCGUGGAACUAUCCUUCAACUACGCAGGCCAAUACCAACAGCUGGAGCGGGGCGACUCCCUAUUCAAGAUGACCAAGCUUCCGAAAGAAAGCACUCCGGCGUCUGCAGCCAAUGCUACGGUAAUGUCAAUGUUCGAAGUGCAUAUCGGGGUUCUAGACGGCCGGAUGGACGUGCAUUUUGAAUACUGCGCCGAGACGCAGCAUCACGAGCGCAUCGAAACGUGGGUUCAGGAGUUCAAAUCAACGUUGGAGGGAAUGCCUGCUAUUCUACUCCCUAGAAAACCAGAGUGGACGCUGCAUGACUUCCCACAAAGCUUCGAUUCCUACGCCGCUCUAGAUCGAUUCCAGAACCUGACUUUGCGCGAAUCGAGGAUUCAACCCGACGAUGUAGAGGACGUCUUCCCGUGCUCCGGGAUGCAGCAUGAUUUCCUAAAAGCGCAGAGUCAAGACCGAGGAGCGUAUUGGUUGAGAUACAUCUUCGAGGUUACAUCCAAGCACGACGCACUAGCAGACGUGGGGGCUCGCUUGCAGCGCGGGUGGUCCGAAGUAAUCAAACAACACUCGUCACUACGGACGACAUUUUUGCAGACCAACGCGGGGUUUGUAAACGUAGUGCUCAAGAACCCUCCGCCUUCCAUUUCCAUUACAAGGUCAGGCAAAGAGGUAAUAGGCCCAGAACUAUUCGGAUCUCACAAUCCCUCGGACCAAUUGCCGGGCAGUGUUCAACAUCAUCUUAGCAUCUGUUCGUUGGAGGAUGGACGGCUAUGCGUAUGCUUCGACAUGAACCAUGCCAUCAUAGACGGCCACUCUAUGAACGUCGUGAUCCAACAUUUACAAGCAUUCUUCAGCGACGACGCAUUCCCCAAUUCCCUCCCAUUCAAAACCGUCGUGUCGUAUCUGGCAUCACAAUCCCACCAAGAAUCGCAACAGUACUGGCUCACAUCCAUGGAAGGCAUCAAACCAUGUCAUUUCCCUCCAUUGACCCAUUCCAGCGAUGAAGCCGGGGGCCGCGAAAUCAACAUACCAGUAAAAACUCUAGAUGCAAGCACUAUAAACGAUUUCUCCCGACAGCAGGAUAUAAGCGUCCCAGUCAUCAUCCAGACGGCGUGGCAUAUAGUCUUGAGCCUUUACACGGGUUCCCUAGCGACAUGUUUCGGCACGUAUGCUUCAGGAAGGGACCUGCCCAUCGAUGGCGUGGACAAUGUGGUCGGGCCUUUACUCGCCUUGUACGCGUCUCGAUUACACAUGAACAACGACCAGACGGUCAUGCAAGCACUGGCGUCGACACAAGAUGGAUAUCUCAGCAGCAUGCCUUACCAAUUCUUCCCCGUAAAAGAGUUAGAAAAAGCUCUGGGGUUGGAAAACCCAGGGCUAUUCAAUACCGUACUCACGAUUGCGCGAAAGCUUGGUGCGAGUGGAGCAGUUGACGACGAUAUCGCGUUUGAGUAUCGAGGCGGGGUCCUCCCUACAGAAUUCGAUAUCUUGGUUCUAGCUGUGCAGGGACACGCUACGUUGGAGGUGGACUUGACGUUUCGAACUCGACGCUUAGAUGGUGAUCAGAUGAGGAUGGUUGCCUGGACGCUAGGACAGGUGAUUAACUUUAUAGUUGCGCAACCUGACGCCACGUUGGCCUCUCUGAGAGAUUCAUUGCGCAAUGAGGUCAAUUGA